GCUUUGAACUGCUUUGAACUGUUUUUUUCAGAAAUGCUCCGAGUUGCUCGCAAUCUAACAUCGAUACAUCAUACCUGGUGUGUUGUUGCUAACGCCCUUGUAUUAGGCGUGAUCCGUAGCGCGUACUCAGGGCGUGCUCGGUCUACGACUCGUCGGACGUGAUCUGAGUGCGCCGCUCACUGCACCCUCUGGGUCGACAAACAAUCUGAAGUUUGAAAACAAUUGCUGCCUCUUAUUGUCUUAUUGUGGCAACGUCGGCAUUGUCUAGGGGAAGGGCCAAAGCAACUUGUUGUACACAGGUCCAAGCAAGGUGGCGUGCGGAUAUCCUUUGUGUACUCUCACCCGUCCUCUCUAGUUACAACCACCAUCACGGCUUCCUCAGACUUCCUCUACCAACGCCAGCUCUAGAUAUGUCUACCGACACAGAAUCACCAUAUCCCACCACCCUGCAGUACUUUACGUCGGACGGGUCCGCCAUACACAUAGAUCCGUUGCCCGGCCCGUCCAUGGUGUUCGGCCAGCACGGUCGUCUCGUCGUGCCCGCGUUGCUGAACGCCAGGUUCAUUGAUGUCAAGCAGCAGCAUACCGUCGAAGGACUCUUCAACAGAAUCAUGGGAGAAGUAGAGACCGUCGGAAUGGCGACGAACUGGCUGUACUUCGCGCAUCAAGACUUCGAAAACCGCCUGGGUAGGUUGACUAUGCAGACAAUGCAGAAUCACAGGGACAUGUACAGAAGCAUGGAGGCCAUAGCACCGAUGACAGAACGUCUUCUCGAGGAGUUCAAACGUCUUCAUGCAAGAGUCGGGCUUCUCGAGAACAGGCUUGCACGUCUAUACAAUCAUGCCAUAGUCGGAGGUAUGCCAACACCAUCGAGGCCGACUGACAAGGGCAUGGGUCACGGCCACGAUGACACAGCCGACGCCACCGCCACCUCUACCUCUUCCUACACUGCCUCCUCCUCUACUUCUACCUCCGCCUCCACCACCUCCUUGCCUUUGUCCACCUCUUCGCCGACCUCGAGCUCGAGCUCGACCCCUACCGCCUUCGCCUCCUCCUCCGUAAGCGAUGAGAAGAAGCAAGAAAUACGGCGACUGGGCGGGACCUCGAGUGGAAAAGACUAUGCUGGAGAGAGUCGCCUUCCCAUGGCGGAUGCAGAGGUACGGACUGAUUUCCUGGUUGAGAUGCUCCACGGGAGGCACUCGCGUAAGGGUGUGCCGUUACGAACCUCCUCGCGUGAUGAAGGCGAGGAGGAGAAGGCGGAGCCGGAAGAGCUGCGGGACGACGAGCGUCAGUCAGCUGCGGCAAUCCUCCAGGCGACUCAUCAAAAUCACCGAAAUGCCUGGGUCCGCACAUGCGAGAAUGAAAGGAUCGACCAGAACUUGGAGUCUUUGGAGUACGAGGAGGCACGGUUCUCAAGGAUAUGGGACGGCCAACGGACGAAGGCGGUGCGCAACUUGAGAACUGCGAGCGGAUUAAUGUCCAUCCUGACUCCACGUCUAGCCCAAGGCGAGGCCCUGGCGCGCGAGAUGGAGGCAAAUGUGGUUCCCGCAGGCCACGAAGGAGUCGUCCCUUUGCUUCAAAUCAAGUUCGAGAAGCCAAUCGACGAGAUGUCCGAAGCCGAAAUGCGUGAGGUCCUGAAGUCUCUUCCCGCCACUAUUGCCCUCGACUCGAGACUUCUGAGAGGGUUGCGUGUGCGAGACGACCGUUAUGGUCGAGACGACGAAGACAAGGGUGAGUACGAUGAAGAUGAGGACGACGAAGACAUCGACGACGAGGACAAGGAAGGCGAGGGGCCUGAGGAAGAGGAGGCGCCACCGCCACGAGCGGACAAGGGGAAGGCAAGAGAAGUCCCGGCCAGCUCCAUACCUCUGCACGGCGGAAUGCACCACGCGCCUAGUCGUGCGGUUCGGUUUGGGGAGGCGUCGUUCGGGGGCGGGGCAGGUGCAACAUGGCCCAACCCAGCGUAUCCUGGGGCGGGUCCAACCGUCGCCGGGGGACACUUUCGGGGUGCGCAUGGAAUGCCCUCGAACCAGCGUGAAGCGGCAGGAACGCCUUCCUCCGGCGAGAUCGCUCAGAGGCGAACAGUGCCCGAGGACCCUAUCACGGCGCAACCACCAUCGACCGCCUCCAAGAAACGUGGACGCUCUCCAGACGGAUUGUCUUCGGCGGAAGAUACGGGUGUCCUUGACUCCUCCGCGCGCGAGGAGGAUGGGUCAGCGAAGAAGAGGAAGCUAUGUUGACAGUUCAAUCCUAUCUGGUCUUUCCCCCUCGUGGACAUUCUUAAGAAUCGCGUGAAAUGUGCCCAGAGAAGCCUACUAGUGGGAUAAUUCUUAGUGAAUACAUUAAUCUCUUCUCGCAACGAGGCGUGGUAGUGAUGCACC